AUGGCGCAGACUCUGGGGAGUAAGGCCUUCCAAGGGCUGGGCGACCUCAUCAAGCUCCUCCCCACCGGAACCGUCUUCCUCUUCCAGUUCCUCAACCCGGUGUUGACCGAUAACGGGGGCUGCAGUGUUGUCAACAAGGCCCUCAGCGGCGUCCUCCUCGGCAUCUGCGGCUUCUCCUGCGCCUUCUCCUGCUUCACCGACAGCUACACUGGUGCCGACGGCAAGGUCUACUACGGCAUCGUGACAGCCAAGGGACUCUGGCCCUUAUGGGAUCCGAAAUCCUCCUCCACAGACCUCUCCAAUUACAGGCUCCGCCUUGGAGACUUCGUCCACGCCGCCCUCUCCGUCCUGGUCUUCGCCAUCGUCGGCCUCCUCGACUCCAACACCGUCUCCUGCUACUACCCCUCCUUCGAGUCCAAACAGAAGGUCCUCCUCAUGGUCCUUCCUCCUGCGAUAGGCACCCUCGUCAGCGCGAGCGCCGUCAUCUUCCCCAACAACCGUCAUGGUAUCGGAUACCCUGCCAGCCCUGAUACUGUAGCCUUAGCCUCAUCUUCCUCUUCAUCCCGAGUUGCUUAA